UUUAAUGAGUAGUAUAUAUGCAGUUACUACAACCCCCCAUCAGACACUAAUGUAUCUGCGAACAAAUGACAUUGGGACGGCCACGGGACUUAUUUAGGACGGUUUAUUAUCAAACGAAACACAAGGUACUGUGGAAGCUGAUGAUGUGGCAUAUGGUUCUAUAAGACGAGCGAACUGGCAUACAACUUGGUUCCAUGAAUUUGCAUCUGUACAUUUAUUUAUGAGCUACUUCGACCAAUUCCCACCCACUAUGAGAAUUCCAAGCUGGCCGAAGUAUAAAAGGGAAACAGAACCCAGGAACUUCCUCAAGGUUCUUGUUGACCCUCUAGCGGCAACCAUCGACAUUGUCGCCGUCCAUGGUCUCAAUCCCCUCGAUAAGCCAUCGCAUGCGGAAGCCACCUGGACAGCUGGCGACAAGCUGUGGCUGAAGGACUUCCUUCCGGAGGAACUUCCGACCGCUAGGAUCUUAUUAUUUGGAUAUAAUUCGAACGUUGCAUUCCAAACCGCAACUGCAGGUGUAAGGGAACAAGCCGAAAACCUCUUGAAUCGUCUAGAAGGAGCCCGAGCUGGCAGUCCUAAUCGCCCCUUGAUUUUCAUAUGUCAUAGUUUAGGAGGAAUCAUAGUCAAGCGAGCUCUGUUUCAUUCAAGCAACGACCGGACUUAUGGAUCAAUUGCAGAAUCUACAUUCGGCAUCACGUUCUUUGGUACACCGCACAGAGGAGGAAAUAAAGCAGGAAUAGGAGGGGUGGUAGCGAAUAUUGCUCGUUCCCUGUUGGGAAAUCCUGGCAAUACAUUUAUGAGCGCUGUCAGGGAAGGGGCCUUUCUGGAUCUCAUCGAGGAUGAUUUCCGCCAGCUUCUCGAGAAUUUUCAAAUUCUUACCUUUUAUGAAACUAGGCCUCUAGGGCGCUUUGGUAUUGUCGUGGGACAGAGCUCUGCGAUCCUCGGACUGCCCGGAACUCGCGAGAAACAGAUAGCUUUAGACAAAGACCAUAAAGGCAUAUGCAAGUUCAGCAGCGAUGAUGAUCCUGACUAUCAGCUAGUAGCAGAUAAUAUAGCCAGCAUGGUUGACAGCGCGACCCGUGCGCAAGUAUCACCAGAGCCUAUUGAUAUUGAAUCCGAAGGAAACACGUCGAGUUCCUCAGGGUCGGACAAUAGCACAUGGCAAGCUGGGUUUGGAAACAAAAGCCAGAUGAUUGGAAACGCAAAUAGGACCCGUCAGCUCGGUAACGGAAACAAAAGCGACAACUUUGGAAAUGAUAAUAAAACCGUGCAGAUAUCGAUGGGGUGGUUAGAAAUGCAAGACUGCAUAGACCUGCUAAAAUACUUCAAAUUUUGAAUAUAUAUAGGUAUCAAGUUAUUCCUACCUCCUAGGACCUACGUACCUAAGGGUAGGUAGGCGAUUGAUACAUUUUGAAGUCACGGGUUCGUCCAAAUACCUGUCAGGUAUAUAUCCCUGAUGGAUGUCAUAUAAAGUGUGAGUGUCAGGGUUGCGCAUGCAGCAUAUCGGGUUUUGGCAUUCUCAGAUUUUCAAUUCUGUCAAACAAAAAGUACUAUCAAAAAAAAAAUAUCGCAAUAUUUGUUAGAAGACUUCGUAUAUAAUUAUUACUUUUUUGUUCAAAUUUUUACGAUUUAUUCCUAUGGUUAUUUUCGUGUUAGGGAUGGUACUGUUUCUAGAGAGAAAUGCCAAGACCCGGCCAUUAAUUCUCG